AACCUUUAGGAAAGUUUUGAGACUUGAGAGACAGCCUCGCGACAGCUGAAAUCGCGAGGCGGCUGUAAUUGGCGCGAGGUUGACGCUCUAAAGUUGCGCCGAAGAGGGUCUUUGAGAUGCAGGAUGCAGGAUGGUGAGACCAAAUGGACGGCUGGGCGCUGGAUGCCCUGAUGUUGACUGGCCGCCAGGUCGCCGAGAGCUGUCGCCAGGAGUCUGGACGCGAGCGCAAAAUAGCAAUUGGGCGCUGCAAGUCGAAUGCCAAGAGAAAAUGGGGUAAUAGGAAGUCACUUGCAAAGGGGAGAAAAAGCAGAAGGAAAACGAUGGGCGUGGCAGCGCUGGAACGGCCGACCGUGACGAGCAGUCAACAAAGAAGUCGUGUCGAAAUGCCUCGUAUUUGGCAACGAGAGGAUGGUUGGAAUGAGCGGGAGAUAGUAGAAAGGUUUGCGCUGGUAAGAAAUUGGAGUGCUUCCCGUAUUCUAUACCUAAACUAUUCUCGGCGACGCGGCACGGCACCCUUGGCAGCGGAUGGGGCCAGACGGGUCAGGGUGCAGCCUGAGGUGAUGAUGGUGGCUGUGGCUAGGGUGUCCUGCCUGCAAAGUCCCAAUUCGGCAGCAGCGGGAAUUUGGUGAGUUAUCUCGGUCAGUGAGCCCUCCGUCUCGUGUAUAAUAACAGCUGUGGCCCUAUUUUCCGGAGCUCAGGUUCCAGGUUGAGCGGCUUUCCAGCUUGGCUAUGCGUUGAUUGAUGAAAUAAACUAGGUCGUCCGGUACGUUUUAUGUAUGGCAGUGCAAGAGGUACUGUAGGUUCGCAAGAUGGCCGUUUUUCUUAGGGGCCAAUACUCCGCUGUUCUAUGCGGGGCUGAGUCCUGCGGGCGACCCAACCUUGAGGUAUGAUGGGAUGACAGCUGCUAUUCAGGGCUGAUCGCGCUCUUGAGUUCGUUUCGCCCUCACUGC